CGAAUGCCUCGUAAGAUUGUGUGAAAUUUCUUUUUCAAUAUGGCUUCCGGCGACACUGCAUUAUGGCUACAUAAUAAAUUGGGAUCUACAGACGACUUGUGGUCAGGCAAAACAAUAUGUUCUCAGCUGAGUCAGAACAAAUUGCAGAGUAUUCAUGCAUGCUUUCACACUCUGCAGCCUCACGUGAAAGUCAAGCUUAUGUUGUCUUUCCUCCAUAUCCCCAGACGAAAUGUCGAGCAGUGGAAAGGUGACUUAGAAGACAUUCUAGCCCUUGCCACACAUGACACUGACCAGUGGGUGUCAACAAUCGCUGAUAUCCUUCAGCUUUAUCCCGGCACAGGCUGUCUGAACCUAGAGCUUGACAACAGCAACACAACGUUCAUGGAGAUUCUGACAGAUCUCAGCAAAGUGGUGAAGAAGUGUGCUAGUGUCCGAAUGCUGCCAAUGGAGUGUCAGUUCCUGAACAAGACGGCUCUAGUGUCUGCCACUGGCCCCCUACCUCAACCAGUCAAACAUUUUGCCCUCAAACGGAAGCCCAAGUCAGCCAUACUAAGGGCUGAACUGCUACAAAAAUCCUCAGAGGUAGCCAGUAACAAGAAAAACAAUGCUCCAAACAGUGUACCCUACAAAGUCCGCAGUUUUGCCAAGAAGAUGGAUGACGGCACCCCUUUGAAGGGCCUCCCAGGUAGGGCCCCACCCUCUGCUGGCUUUCGGUCGCCAGGGACUGUGAUGGGACGACAGAACUCCUUGCAGGGCACUCCACUGGCUGGUCACCGACAAAACUCCUUGAAGAAAGAGGGUGGGAUUAAGCUCCUAGACAUUGAAGCUUUACCCUUGGGUCCAAAAGAAGCAAAACGUCGAAAGAAAAUUCAGGAAAUGGAAGAAAUGGAGCUGAGAAAGAAAGAGAAGGAGGCCGCAACUGCAACCGGAGUAAAUCCGACUACUGCAUCCUAUACUCCAGAUUAUGCUGCAGGUCUGGUCUCACCUGCUCCAUCAAAGCUGUCCACGACCACGUUACCGGGUGUUUCUACGAUCUCACUGACUGCCCCGACCCCCACUGUAACCUACGUGCCACCUGCUGCUGCUCGUCUUGCUGCCCCAAUGCCGCCCACUUCUUUUAUCUCUCCUGUGACAGCCACACAGCAACAAGCCAGAGACAAUCUCCAACAGCAGUUAGAACAACAGCUUGGUCAAUCACAGAUCAGGACACAAACAUCAAUACAAACCAUCCAACCACAGACAGCCUUACAGGCAAACAUACAGCAAUUGUCCAAUCAGAACACAAACCCUCAGUCCCAGCCCACAGCUGCAGCAGCUCCACAACAAAAGAAGGGGCUUUCUCUCACAAAAGAACAAAUGUUGGAAGCCCAGGAAAUGUUCAGAACGUCAAACAAAGUCACCAGGCCAGAGAAAGCCCUCAUCCUUGGUUUUAUGGCAGGGUCCCGAGACAACCCUUGUCCUCAGCAGGGUAAUGUGUUGAGUAUACGACUAAGUGAAAACAAGGAGAUGAUCCAACAGACUGACGGCACAUCUAAAACAAUGCUGGCAGACAUGUUCUUCCAGAUGAACUACGAAACCGGGGAGUGGAAAAGGAUCAAGAAAUACCGUGAGUGUCCGGAGACAUGAAACUGUCCAUGGCGAUGGAGACUGGGACUAUAAGGUGACCAUUAGUUUCUGACACCAGGUGAAAAAGUUCAGCAUCAUGGAACUGACCAUUUCACACAGAAAGCCAUGGAACUGACCAUUUCACACAGAAUAAGUGAGUUGGGAAGCUCGGGGUCUGGCCUGGACCGCAGCGGAUACGAGAAUUUAUAAAGCCCAUCGCUCCAGCUCAGCUCUGUAAAUGAAUUCAGCCAAUCUCAUAGGCACCUCACUCACAAUAUACUGCCUCAAUGGAAGCAUUAUGUUAAAGAAAACAAAACUUUCAUGAGAUCCAAUUCAUAUAUAAACAUCAUUUAUAUGCAUAUGAGUAGGUCUGCAGUGCAAUGGAUUUCGUUGUUGCUAUUUAGAUAUAAUAUAUUUUGAUCAAUCAU